CAAAAGCCUUUAUUCUAUCAAGUUAGCAAAAUUUCUGAAAACUAUUUCUUGGUAAAUAUUUUCAAACUUAGCAGUUUUAUUCAAAUAUUUAAUGAAAUGAAAAACUUUAUUUUUUAUACCUGAUCACAUAAGCAAUAAGUCUCCCCAAUUCCUCAAACCAUUUAAAUAAUUCUGCCAGAUAUUACGGACUAACUUUUAAUGACCCAGCCUAAGAAAUGAGAAUAAAGUAUGAAACCAAAUUAUUGUACUUUGUACAUUUGAUUAGAAAUCAUAUAAAUUGAACCAUACUAAAUUGCUGAUAUUCACCAGUUCUUGACCCCUCAAAAUGGCAAUUUUUAUAUGGCCCACACUAAAUAUAUUUAGCAUUAAAUAAUGUGUUUUAAGAAAUAUUACAAUAGGGCUUCCAAAGCCUCCCAGUUCUCCCUUUUACUCUUAUCAUCUCCUGUCUGUUAGGGGUGUGGCAGCUAUUUUUGGAAAAUUUCACAAUCUUUUAUCUUUCCUGCAUAGCAUAGGCAACUUGUAGUUUCUUUAAAAAGUAUAAAUUAGUAGUUUUGUUUUGCUAACUAUCCUAAGCAGCUAGUAUGAAUAAUCAAGCCUUUAAUAGAGAGAAUAUACUAAGUUAUUUAAUGUUCCUCAAUUGUUUAGGUCAGUGGUUCACAACCUUUAACGUUCAUGACAACCAACAGAGAACUUGUUUCUGGGCCCUAUUGCCAGAGAUUCUGAUUCAGUUUAGGUCGGGGUGGGAGCCAUGAAUUUGACUUCCUAACAAAUUCACAAAUUAUGCUGCUGCUAUAGGUACUAAAACCACUGUUAAGAACCACUGACUUGGGUACAGAAAAAACUAUUUGUAACCAGGCUUUUUCUUCUUUCGGUCCUUAGGUAAAUAAAACUCAGGGUGAUGAGGUAUCAUUUUACCUUCAAUCAAAACUAUUUUUAGUAAAGUACUACCUUGCUUACCUCUAUUGAAAGGUAAGUGUAAAUUAGACUUGCUUCGACGUGGUUGCUACAGACCACAAUUACAGGGCAACUGAGAAAUUUAUUCACUUGUCCUUUCUUUCGAAUCUCACUGUGCUCUGGCUUGCCAGGAGGUGUAAGUGUCUUCCCAGCCUUGCACCUAGCGCUCCAGGCCUGGGUCACUUCACUUGAGUUAUCAGAGGCAACGCGUCCAGUUGACAAACUCUGCCGGAGGCUCCUGAUAGAGAAGGGCGUGGGCGCCAAUGGUGAGCCAACCCAACCCCAUCCGCGAGUCUUCUUUACAGGGACCUUUUCCGAGCCGAGGGCACCUCUGCAAGAGCGCUUCGGCCAGGUUCCGACUCGCCGGAGAUCGCGCGACGAAUCUGCGCCUCGGACCCUCGCCUUCCGGCAGUCGCCGGAUCGCUGCCCCACAGGGAGCCAACCCGCCAGAGGACCAGCCCAGCGCGGGCUCCGUGGAUCAGCUGGCUGUGCAGGCGGCGAGUUCGCCCACGCAUCUCAGUCCACUACCUCGUCCUCCUGUCCGCGAAGAUGUCCGCGAAACCUGAAGUAGGCUUAGUGCGCGAGGCUUCUCGACAGAUCGUGGCCGGUGGUUCUGCAGGUAAGGCCACCCCGCCCUGCCCCGCCGGAGUCUAGGCGCUUUCCCUACCGUUUGUCCUGAAAAAGUUUCCCAGAUAGGUCUUCCUACUGAAGUUUUGCCCUCUUCCUCAAAAUUCCGCCUUCCCAGAGCAGUGCUUGAGCCUGUGGAGGCGCGAGAGCAAAGGAGGCCGGGAGCUGACUGCUAGUACCCUGUGCUCCAAGUUAAGUUGCCGCGGCGUCGGCGCCGGCCCCUCUCGGGUUCCCGGCAUUCUCUGUUCCUGGCCUGUAAAGCAGGUAGGACAACUCUAAGGAGAGCGACUUUGAGGUCUUGUAGAAAUUUGCCUGAUGCACCCCCUCGACGUGGUAAAAACCAGGUUUCAGAUUCAGAGAUGUGCAACUGAUCCAAACAGUUAUAAAAGCUUGGGAGACAGUUUUCGAAUGAUUUUCCAAGUGGAAGGGUUGUUUGGUUUUUACAAGGGAAUUCUGCCACCUAUCUUGGCUGAAACACCAAAAAGAGCAGUGAAGUUUUUCACCUUUGAGCAGUACAAAAAAUUGCUAGGAUAUGUGUCACUGUCACCAGCAUUGACAUUCACCAUUGCUGGAUUGGGAUCUGGACUAACAGAAGCCAUCAUAGUUAACCCUUUUGAGGUAGUAAAAGUUGGCUUGCAAGCAAAUCGGAACACAUUUGCAGAGCAACCAUCUACUAUGGGUUAUGCAAGACAAAUCAUUAAGAAGGAAGGCUGGGGACUCCAGGGCCUCAACAAAGGAUUAACUGCAACUUUGGGACGACAUGGAGUUUUCAACAUGGUCUAUUUUGGCUUCUACUACAAUGUCAAAAACAUGAUUCCUGUCAAUAAGGAUCCAACCUUGGAGUUUUUGAGAAAAUUUGGGAUUGGUCUUCUCUCGGGGACAAUAGCCUCAGUCAUUAACAUCCCUUUUGAUGUUGCCAAAAGUAGGAUUCAAGGGCCUCAACCAGUUCCUGGAGAGAUCAAGUACAGAACCUGUUUCAAAACAAUGGCAACAGUCUAUCAGGAAGAAGGGAUUUUAGCUUUGUACAAAGGCCUGCUUCCCAAAAUUAUGAGACUUGGACCAGGUGGUGCAGUGAUGCUGCUGGUUUAUGAAUAUACCUAUUCAUGGCUUCAGGAGAACUGGUGAUUGCCUAGGAAGCGUUUUUCCCCCUUGAGAUAGUGGAUAUUUGCUAUGCAGCACCAUGAAGAAGAGAGACUAUCGAUCAGCCAGGUGUAUAAUUAUGAAAGAGAAAACUAUUUAAGAACAAAAUCCAUUGUAAUACUUAAAAAAUUAUCUUUAGGCUACUUGAGAUGAUAGUUUUGGCCAUAUAAAUAAAACGAUGAGAAGAAAAAAUAAUAUGGAACAAUGAGGUAUUUAAACUGAAUAUAGAAAAAUAGCAUAGAAAUCAUAUAUUUCAUAAAAGAAAUAUAAACUUUGUUUCCUAAGUUCCUCUUCACUGCUUCACAACAAAAAUUCAUUGUAUUGAUCAGUAUUUUUCCUAAGAGGUCUAUAAAUGUUUAAACUAUUGAAAAUAAAUGAAAUUAUUCAAAGAAAGACUGGGUUAAAAAAAAGUUAAGCCAAAUUUAAACAGUUUUUAUAAUGAAUUAAAUUAUUCAAUAAACAAUAUUUAAAGAGCACAUGAAAAAUGUUUUUAAAGUGCACUAAAAUGACCUUUAUGAAUACUACGUUAAAAUCUGUUGGUUUUCAUUAGUAUGCACAUCUCAGCUCUAUUUUCCUAUAUAUCUCACAGUGUUGUAAGAUAAUAAACAGGUAUUUUAAAACACUGUUUAAAACAGAAUGUUAAAACACUGUUGUUUAAGCAUGUAUUUUUAAAUCAUGGUAUCCAAAAUCUCUUCUAACAUGUAGAAAACAUGAAAUAAAUUUAAACUACUUUCCUUCACGUCAUUCUCUUUGAAGAUGAGUUUUGUUGACGAGGUAUUUUCAUGUUAAAUCACAAAUUGGAAGCACUCCUUGGACCCAUUUGUGCCAUCAGUAUUUGCAUCCAAAUACGUUUGUUCAGCUUGCUUACCUGUGCCAUUUUAAGUAAUAAUGUAUAGAACAGAACUGCAUUUCCAGGAUAUUAGGUUUAAACGACAGCUUCAGGUGUGAAGUCAGCUGUCUGCAGUACUAAAAUAUGUAUGAUGAAGGGAAAGUUUCCAAAAAAGAAAUACACUUAGCAUUUCCAAGGAUUACUAUACCAACAUGUACCACCAAAAAUAUCUCCUUGGUCUUGAUGUAACCAAACUUGAUUUUAUAUCUGCAUCCUGAAAUGAUGCUGAUUCAGUAGUUAAAGUCAACCAGAAUACCUGAAAGUCCCCACAACACCUGUCCUAGAUUACUACUAAGGGCUAUUACUACUAUGGACUAUUUCAAGAAAGCAUUUUGAAAAUAAAAAUUAAAAGAUAACAUAGUAAUUAUUACUUUUUAUUAAUUUAGAGCAUUUGAAGUAUAAAAAUAAAAGGCUUCUGACAUACUGUAUAUACAUACAUAGCCUUCUGUUGUACAUCCUUUCCAACGUGUUUUUAAAAUUUAUUUUUCAGUCCAAUAUUGAAUAAGAGGGUCAUUAAAAAACAAAAUAAAAAUGUUUUAAAAAGAGAAAUAAGAAUGUGUCUCUGUUGCACAACUGCAUUCUGUCCUUGCAGGUAAUUGUUUUGCAUCCUAUGAGAGCACUGCCUGUAUAGAGCCCAUGAAAUUGAACCUUUAACCUCUCCAUGUGGAUGAGAUAGAAAAGUACUUCUGAAGAGUACAUUUGCCAGUUAAGCAACACUUUUACCGUCUAUGAGAUAGAGGAAAUAUGUCAACAUUAACCAAUAAAAAUAAUCUUUGAAAGCCCUUUAAUCCAUCCUAUUUUCCUUCUCAUAUUUUAAAAAGUGGCUUUAAAUCAUAAUUUGCUUUGAAUAGCAAAUUGUAUCUGUUGUCUUUUAAAAAUUACUCCAUGUGAAUUCACUGUUAAGACUUAGGGGGAGAAAACAAAACUUCAAUACCAUUAAUAUUAGAUUUUUUAAAAUACAAGAACCAGAAAAAAUAUAUAAAUAGCACAACAAGAAAUUUCUUAA